CUUUAUAUUUUGUUUACAGUUUAAUUCUAAUAAAAAUUAAUUCUUUAAUAUAUAUUUUUGAAUAUCUGACCUAGUCUGAAUUUAAUCAUAAUAAUGCCAAUACUCCAAGUGUACACAUCACUAGCCCGGAGCCAAAUACCGGCUAAAUUUGCGGCCAAUACGGCUCAGUUGUUGGGCAAAGUGCUCAAUAAACCCAUUAAGGCAAUGACUAUUUGCGUUAACUGUGAUCAAAUUUUUUACUCAGGUCUGAAUCCGGAAAGUGACGGACCGUUCUCGUUGGCAACACUCCGUCAUAUCGGGAAACCCUCGGCCGCUGUCAACCGUACGGCGACUGAAGAGUUGAGCAAACAUUUUGAACGCGAAUUAGGUAUAAAAGCCAUCGACUCUAAGUUCGUGUUUGUAGAGAUCACUGCCGACGAGUUGGGAACCAGGGGUCAGUUGCGGUCAGAUUUUGACUGACACUAUAUACCCACACCAGUCAACACUUCUACUACUAAC